AUGAAAUCACAAAUAACAGGGACUGUUAAGGAUGCCAUGAUCUAUGGCAACAUUACAAAGAUCCUGUCCAGCAGAGGUAUUGUGAAGACACAACAGCAAGUUCUUAACAAACUAAAGUCCCUUAAGAAACAAUAUACCAAGGUCCAUGACCACAAUGGAAAUGGCAGUGGUAUGGGAAGGAUGGAGUGGCACUUAUAUGAACUGUGCAGCAACGUGUUUGGCCAUACAGCACUAAGCAAUCCCGUUGCCCUAUCCUCAUCUAGUGAUGCUGGCACGCUGUCUGCUAUACCAUCAGCUGCGGCUACAUCGUCUCCAGAGUGCAGCCCGCAGAGCCCGGCAUCAUCGCAGAGCAUAUUUGAUGAUGAUCCAGAUGUUGAUUCGGAUGUCACCAUCAUCAUCGAUCCAAACAAGGCCACAGAUGUGACAGCAUUGUCGCAGAGCACGGGGGACGAUUCCCUACCACAGACCCAGGGAGACAAGCCUACCCUACGCUCAAACAUUUACACAGUCCCGCCUCGUAGGAAAAAGAAGACCAAAAUAGAGGUAGCUACAAAAGCCAUGACAAAUAUCUUGUGCGACCAACUACGCGAGAUGGAUUCAGAUUGGCAGAGUCAAGAGGAUGCAAGAUUGCAAAAAUUUAUGGACAAUGAACGUGAACUGCAGAGGAAUUUGCUAACGCAAAUGGUAGCUAUGCAGGAUAAGAUCAGCAGCGAGAACCGUGAAUUCCUAGGUCAGCUUUUUUCCAAAAUGACCUCUACACCACAAUUUACAAACACUCAUUCUGACCUACAAUCGCAUUCUCACACCACAUUUGGUCCAAAAACACGGUAUGCCGAGCAAGCCCAGUCUCCUACCUCUUUUGCGGAUACUCGCCAGUAUAUGCAGCAAGCCCAGUCUCCCACCUCUUUUGGGGAUACUCGCCAGUAUACGCAGCAAGCCCAGUCUCCCACCUCUUUUGGGGAUACUCGCCAGUAUAUGCAGCAAGCCCAGUCUCCCACCUCUUUUGGGGAUACUCACCAGUUUGCGCAGCAAGCCCGGUCUCCCACCACUUUUGGGGAUACUCACCAGUUUGCACAGCAAGCCCGGUCUCCAACAUCCUUUAAUUCGACCUCGAAUAAAUUGAAGAAUAGACCGAGAGGUCCAGAAUUUGGAGAUUCAUUAUCUAGUACAACUCCAGAGGAAUCUACUCCCAGCAAUAAACCACAGUACCAAAUUCUCUAAUGUAUACUGUGCACAUACAGUAAAUGUUUGUUCUAUGUUUAUUGGUUGGGUAUUGUGCCCAUAACUUUAUUUUUGUUUAAUGUUUUGUUUGUGAAAUACGUAUGUUUAAAAUGCGUAUGUUUGUCUUAAAAAAUUCAGGUAUUGCGCAUACGCUCAUAAUUAUGAGUACAUCAUACACCUUGGUCUUAUGAUUAUCUUGUUUGUAUUUUUCACUGCAAUACCGCAGCACUUUUUUUAAUGUAGAACAGGGGUCUUCAACCAUUGCCCUGCAGCUGUUAUGGAACUACACUUCCCAGCAUUUUCUGCCACCAUUUAGCAUGGGCUAAAAUCUAAAAUGUGGAUGGGCAUGCUGGGAACUGAAGCUCCAUAACAGCUGCAGGGCAAAGGUUUAAGACCCUUGUGAUACACCAUGCCCUUCGGCAAAACUACUUUUUUGCACUGCAAUACAGCAGCACUUUUAUGUUAUGGCUAAAGUGGGUGUAAUGCGCCUGUCAUUCCUAAAAAGUUGUUGUACUAUACCAUAUAUGUCCUCAUAAUUGGGAGGAGCUCAUUAAAGAUGCAAAAGAUGUG